AUGGUUAACCACGGUCCCGCCGUACGCAAUGCAGAAGAGAACACCGAGGCAGCUAUCAAAGCGCGGUUUGGAGCAGAAUUGCCGUACAACAUCGGCGCCUGCGACGACCCGUGCUCCUACUGCGGAGCACUGCACUGGAAAUUGGAACGCCAACGCGGCACUCUCACCGCUGAAACCACACAAUACGCCGCCUGCUGCCAGGAGGGUGCGGUCAAGCUGCCCAGUACUACCCAUGAGAAUGAACUCACACCCGAAUUUUUAAAGCACCUUCUCUCUGACCAGGACCGAGGUAAGCACUCCCCUUCUCCCAAUUUGCUCUUUGCUGACUUACCUCCCUAG